AUGGAAUUCAAGAUGGAAAAGAUAGAGGUUGCUCCAUAAGAUCAAAGAGAUUAUGAGAAUGAUAUGCCAGCCCCCAGAAAGUCGAAAUUCUCUAAGGUAAUGAGAUCAUUUGGAGAUAAUUAGAAUAAUAAUUCACAAAAAACUACAGCAUUUUUAACAAAUACUGAAGGCUAAGGCAAUGGUGAUACCUAAGCGCUCUUAAGUCAAAAUAAUUACAAGUACAAUGAUGAAACCUCUGUUAGUCAACCAGGAUUAGCAAUGGCGAGAUCGCUUGAUAGUAAAGGCAAUCCAAAACUUAUUCUAUACAAAAGAAGGUGGAUAAUAUUACUGUGUUUCAGUUUAGCUUUAAUAGCAAGUGGGAUGGCUAUGGGUACUUGUGUUACAAUUUCUCCAUUACUCAAAAAAUUAUAUGGUAUAAGCGCUUUUGAAGCUAAUUUUGCUAACCUUAUCUACUUAGUCAUGUACAUACCAUUCAAUUUCGUAUCUAUAAUCGUGCUCAAGACAUAUGGACUUAAAGUUUGCAUAAUAAUUGGAGCAAUUGUUACAAUUGUAGGUGGUUGGCUUAGACUAUUACUUGUUUGGACUAAUUUUCAUGUGUUUUUGGGUGCUUCUGCUAUCUGUGCUAGUAGCUAGCCAUUUUUAUUGAAUAAUCCUAGCAAGGUUGCAUCUAACUGGUUUGGUGACAAGGAAAGAGGCAUAGCUACUGCCAUUGGAAGUAUGGCUAUCCCUGUUGGCACACUUAUCAGUUUCAUUAUGCCAAAUGCAUUUAUUUCAAAUGAUGAUAUGGCAGAUAUUGAAAAGGCAACCAGAAAUUUCGAGAUUUAUGUGAUUGUUUAAACUGCUAUCAUUACUGUUCUAUGCAUUCCUGCUUUAAUAUUUACCUAGGAAGAGCCACCAUCUCCUCCCUCUGUAAUAGCUAAUGAGACAAACAAUAAGAUGGGAAUGGCUGAGGGUGUAAAGGAAUUGUUUACUAAUAGAAAUUACAUUAUACUGUUCCUAAUUUUUAAUUUCAUUUAUGGGAUACACAGUUCAAUAGGUGGGACUAUAGCAAGUGUUGCUUCUGGUUACGGAUAUGGUGUUAGUGCUUGUAGCACAAUGUGCUUUGUUUAUCUUACUGGAGGUAUUUUCAACUCAUUUUUCCUAGGGGUUAUUCUGGAUAAGUAUUAAGCAUAUAGAAAACUUGUAAUGAUAGUUUGUGUAGUUAGUGUAAUCUCAUGUGGUAUACACCUGGUAGCUCUACCAACAGGAAAUGUCUUAUUUGAAUCAUUCGCAAUGAUGUUAGUAGGUGCUGCUGUCUUGCCAAUCACAAACAUUUCAUAUUCAUUCGCAGUUGAGUUAACAUUCCCUGUACCAGAAGUAAUAACAAAUGGAAUGAUGAUUUCGAUAUCACUUGUUUGGGGUGUUUCUCUAGGUAUUUUAUGUCAAGCUCUAGCUGAUAUUGAUCCAAGGUAUACUCUUGCAUUUUGGACUCUCAGCUCAAUAAUUGCUCUUAUUUUAUCCUGUUUCCUUAAAUAAGAGCUAAGACGCCUUGACCUUGAUGAUGUCAAGAACUCAGAAUAUAUUGAAGAUGAUGAAUUUAGAAGGUAAUCCUAUGAAUAAAGAGAAGCAUUUUUGAGAGAAUCAGGUUUUGAAGAGGAUAUGAAAUUUAAAUUUGAAUUUGAUUUGAUGGAUAAGGAAAAAAAUAAAAACACUUUCUUAAAAGUAAACAAAUCAUUCGAUAAUGGAAAUAAUUGA